GUGUGGUUGUGGGUGGGUCUCCGUCAUUUUACGGGCGGGAUUAUCCUGAUGGGCACACUCCUGUGCAUCGUCACCAUGGGAACUAUCACCAGCAACAGUUCAAUGGACCGGAGUGGGGCUACCAUAAUAUGGGGCAGAGCCAUAGCUACAACAGAGGGCAGAGUCCCAGCUAUACUCCAGGAACUAGGGGGAGAGGAGAAGGGGGGCAAAGGGGGGAGAGGGGACAGGGGAGAUAUGGCGGCCAUGUUAGUGACAGUGGUGGCUCGUGGAGAGACAUGGGUAGUGGUGGAAGAGGAGGAGGAGGAAGGGAGAGAGAUGCACCUGUGAGGAUUAUCGUCAAGAACCCACGGACAACUGUUUCACCCAAUGCAGCUGGUGUACAAAUUCCACACUCUGGAAGCUCAGACUCGAAACCAAAACGCGUUUCUCCGUCACCCGCUAAACCACCCCAGCAGCAACACCCUCACCGCACGAGACAACAGAAGAUCAACAGAAUUGGCGGGAAUUGGCGGGAAAGAAGAUGGGUUUGCAGCUGCACUGAGUGCGCUGGAGAAACUAGAAGUUGCUCCCUCGCUGGAGACUACUUCCUCUUUGUCCAACGCCACUGACACCACCUCUGAGCGGAAGGGUGGAAGCAGUAGUGGAGUAGACCAACGAGAACUGUCUCCUCGGUUGCAGCCAUGUUUGACUCAAUCGCUGCGGCAACAACAACAACCGGUAACCAAACCAAACCCGAAACAUCUGUUUCUGAAGCACCGACUUCAGUGAGCGAGGAACCAGUUGCCAAAGCCGGGCUCAGCCCCACUCUCAGGGCCAUGCUCAAGAUGGAAGAAGAAGAAGAAAGUCGAGACUUUGUCAACCGAGCACGACAACCAAGCAGCUCGGCAGGGAUCAGGGAUGCCGGAUGUAAUUCAGAAACUGAUGCAUCAUCCUCGCGGUCCGCUGCUUCCACGACCUGGUCAGCCAUUUCAACAACCCAUGCCUCCUCCUCCUCUUCCUCGCUCACCUUUCCCUCCUCAUCAUCACUAUCACUACCAGCAGCAGCAGCACAGUGUGCACUUUGUUCAUUCGCCCAGAGGAGCCUAUUCUUCUCCUCCACCUCCUCCACUGAUGCCCUUCGGACCUCCAGCAAUGGAUCCAUUCUCAGUUCUCCAGCAGACUUGUCACAUGACAGGUCAGCCUCCGCCACAAGUCACCGUCAGGAAAACUGACCAGGGCUACUAUGUGGGAGUGGUGAGUCUGGGGGAGACAAAGUGUAGCGGAGUGCCGUGUGAGACUCAGGAGGACGCGAGACAGAGUGCUGCAGCUACCAUGAACAGCUCCUUGACUCCAAUUCCGAUGUAUCUUCCGAUGCCAUACAUGAGGCCUCCACCAAUGCACUCGCCCUACAAUGGUCCCCCACCCCUCCCCCAUCACGUUCCACCGUACCACCAGCAGGUGCCACUAGCCUACCACCCCAGGGGACCACAGCCACCACAAAUUGCUCCACCACCAUUUGUACCACUUCAAGUGCAGCGUCGCCAACCAAGACAAAAGAAACGGCCGAGCUCGGGCGGGAAGGACAAGAACGUGAAACGAGAAAAACCGGUCGAGCAAGAACCGUUGCCAAGCCAUGCACCGACCGCCGUUUCUGCACCCAUCACAGACGACGAAAAAGUUGUGGAGCGAGCAAAACUAGGGCUACAGGGACAACGCUCAACCGCGCCACCUGAUGAAGGAGCCACAGCACUAACCCAAGAAUCAGAGGGGGAGGGGGAGGGGGAGGAAAGAGGACAGGCAGAACAUUCCGGAAGCAUCGAAAAUCGGAUCGAGCAUGUUGAAAUGGUUAUCGAGGCAGCAGAAAAGGACAGGAUGGAAGCCCAGGAGAAAAUUGCUAGCCUGAAACAGACGUUGUCUGUGGUACAGAAGCCUAUAGUUCAAAUGGAGGGAACUGGUGGAGAAGGGGGGGUAGGUGACAUGGUGGCAAAUGCAGCUAUUUUGAGUGCUUUGGAAGUGGAGGUGGAAGACGAUAGCGGUACCUACGUGGUUGCAGAACAGCCUAGUGAUGCGGCAGUGGUACCCGAUGGUGGGGGGGAAGGGGUAGUGGUCCAUGUGGUUGGCGAGAUUUUGAGUGUAGGUGGGGGUGGGGGUGGGGGUGCUGAACCAACCGCAGACCAAAGUGAGCCAGACGUCUCCACGGUGGUCCAGAGUGGUACGAAUACCACUCCACCGGCACACGGUGUUGUUACCGCCGACAGUCCACGAGUACCGAACCAAGCAAACGUGGACCAGACUGUGCAAACAAGCUCCAGCACCGAAGCUUCCCCUGCCUCUACAGUGCCCAGUACGGCUGUCAAAAUGGGCCGACAAAAGCGACAGUUGGCGGCAAGCUUUUCGAGGAGUACUUCCUAGUCUUCUGCUCACCUAUGUAUAUAGCUGAACACUGGUCUCACUUUCCUCUCUGUGCACAAUUGAACAGUCUCACAUUAUUCCUUAUCUCUAAAUCAUUUAUCUGUGUUGACUUGUACAUGAAAAUUAUCGUUAUUUUUGCACU